AGGAAGGUUACAUAUAGGGAGGCGGAAGUACUGAGUCCUUCCUUUUCCGGCCGGCGCCGCGGCGGAGCGAGCAGCGAGAGGGGCCGCAGCCUCCGCCGCCGACAUGGCUUGUGCUCGUCCGUUAAUAUCGAUCUACUCCGAAAAGGGGGAGACGUCAGGCAAAAAUGUCACCAUGCCUGCUGUCUUCAAGGCUCCCAUUCGCCCGGAUAUUGUGAACUUCGUUCACACCAAUUUGCGCAAGAACAACAGGCAGCCUUACGCCGUGAGUGAACUUGCAGGUCAUCAGACCAGUGCUGAAUCUUGGGGUACUGGGAGAGCUGUUGCUCGUAUUCCCCGAGUACGAGGUGGUGGAACUCACCGUUCUGGCCAAGGUGCUUUUGGGAAUAUGUGCCGUGGGGGCCGUAUGUUUGCCCCAACCAAGACUUGGCGACGUUGGCAUCGUAGGGUUAAUACAACCCAGAAACGCUAUGCCAUCUGUUCUGCUCUAGCAGCUUCAGCCCUUCCAGCUCUGGUCUUGUCUAAAGGACACCGUAUUGAGGAGAUCCCAGAACUUCCUCUGGUAGUUGAGGACAAAGUGGAAAACUACAAGAAAACCAAGGAAGCUGUUCUGCUUCUUAAGAAGCUUAAAGCAUGGAAUGACAUCAAAAAGGUCUAUGCCUCUCAGCGUAUGCGUGCUGGAAAGGGUAAAAUGAGGAAUCGCCGUCGCAUCCAGCGCAGGGGACCCUGCAUCAUUUACAAUGAGGACAACGGUAUCAUCAAGGCAUUCAGAAAUAUUCCAGGAAUUACUCUUCUCAAUGUGAACAAGCUGAAUCUGUUGAGACUUGCUCCAGGUGGGCACGUUGGGCGUUUCUGCAUUUGGACUGAAAGUGCCUUCCGCAAACUGGAUGAUUUGUAUGGUACCUGGCGCAAACCUGCUAGCCUGAAGAGUAACUAUAACCUGCCGAUGCAUAAAAUGACCAAUACUGACCUUGGAAGAAUCCUGAAGAGCCAAGAGAUCCAGAGAGCCCUGCGUGCACCAAACAAAAAGAUUCACCGUAGGGUCCUCAAGAAAAAUCCACUGAAGAACUUGAGAGUCAUGAUAAAAUUGAACCCGUAUGCCAAGACACUGCGACGCAAUACUAUGCUGCGCCAUGCUCAAAACCGUAAACUCAAGGAGGAGAAAAAAGCAAAAGUAAAUGCAAAGGCUGCAGAAUAAGCCUUACCCAGUUUCAUCCAGCUGUCGUCCAGAAGCCACUUGAUAGAUUUACUACAAAUAAAAAAAAAUCUAUUAAGAUA